GAUUUUACUCCUCAUCAUCUGUAAAACAGGAGAAAGUACAUGUUCCAUAACCUUAAUGGUGAGCAUUGUGUUGAGAUUGCAUUUCCUUUGUGGUGCAAAUCCACUGAGACUGUGUGAGUUAAAGUGAGUUAUUAUUUGCUAAACUGGGGGCUGAACGGUGUAAUCUUAGCCAAUGGUCUUGAGGGGUAUUGGGGGUUAUAAAUGAGGCCCAUUUGACGGUAAAUUCACUAACAGCUCACUUCAGCUUCAGGUGAGAAUCGUAUUCCUCCAGGUUUGUGCAGUAAUCCAACAGAGACUUUGUAGUUUGGGGAUUAGUGGUACCAGAUUUACCUGUUUUUGUGAAUCUUGGCUCCUGCAGGUGUCAUGGAUCUGUGUGUGACCAUCAAAGGGGUCUCCCUUAUCUUGCAAGCUGGUAUGGGGAUCUUAGGGAACGCUGUUGUGCUUCUGGCCUAUGCCAGCAUCAUUUGCACUGAGCCUAAGCUCCUUCCUGUGGACAUGAUCCUGUGCCACUUGGCCUUUGCCAACCUGAUGCUGUUGCUGACCCGCUGUGUGCCCCAGACCAUGACCGCGUUUGGGCUGAGGGACCUUCUGAAUGACCCUGGCUGUAAAGUGGUGAUUUAUGUUUAUCGUAUCACCCAGGCUUUGUCGGUCUGCAUCACUUGCAUGCUCAGUGUGUUUCAAGCAGUGACAAUCGCCCCAGCUGGACCCCGACUGUCCAGGUUGAAACCUGCUCUUCCCUCUCUUGUCCUUCCUACUUUUGCAGGACUGUGGUUCCUCAACAUGGCCAUUUGCAUAGCAGCCCCUUUCUUUUCCACAGCUCCACGUAAUGGCACCAUCCCUGCUUUCACCCUCAACCUCGGCUUCUGUCACGUGGACUUCAGAGACAACCUGUCCUAUGUUAUCAAUGGGGUGGCUGUUUCUGGGAGAGACUUUGCUUUUGUUGCCCUGAUGGUGGGCUCCAGCAGCUAUGUCCUGCUGCUGCUCCACCGCCAUAGCCAACAGGUGAAAGGGAUUCGUCGCUCUCAGGGCGGCGGAGCAGAGACCAGAGCUGCCAAAACAGUACUGACCCUGGUGGUUCUCUACACCAUCUUCUUUGGUAUAGAUAACGUGAUUUGGAUCUACAUGCUGACGGUGUCAAAAGUUUCACCACUAGUGGCUGAUAUGAGGGUGUUCUUCUCAUCCUGCUACGCUGCGCUUAGCCCCUACUUCAUCAUCUCCUCCAACAAGAAGGUCAAGAGAAAGAUCGUGUGUGCAGCAGAGCACAGCCAACCGUUAACGGACACUCAGGAGUCUACUGAUAAAUGACCCUGUCUCUAUUUUGACAGGCUGCUGACUCAAAUCUUGAAUCCCAUCACUUUGAGCACUUCUACAGAAGACUGGUGGUUAGCUCAACAACAGCGCAUUCACAAUAAGAAAAUAUAAUUUGCAGUUUUUAUUUGUACUCUAUGCACAAAAUAAGUAAAAUGCAAAGACAAAAAUG